AUGGAGCUGAAUGACAUUGUAAAAGGAACAUUUUUCCUUGUGAUAGUAAUAGUUGGAAUACCUGGAAACCUGACAAUUAUGGGAUCUUUGUCUUGGAUUGCAUUAACCACAUUUAAAUUGCUACCAGUUGAAAUAAUCAUAUGGCACUUAGCAGUUGCAAAUGCUAUAUUAGCUUUUACCAGGGGACUACCUGCUGCAUUGUUUAUUCUGUUUCGCUUUAAAGUAAACAGCGAUGCUGGAUGUAUUAUUCUCCUAUAUCUAGCUAGAAUAUCCCGAGGACUGGCUAUUUGUUUCACAUGUGUGCUUAGUUGUGUCCAGUGCAUAACUAUUAUUCCAUCUACUUCCAAAUGGGUUUAUUUGAAAGUUCUUGUAUCAAGGCAUGUUUCCUCAGUAGCACUCUCUGUUUGGCCAUUGUAUAUGAUGAUGGAAAUUGCCCCCAUUUUUGUGGCACGUGCUGUCAGAAACUUCACUAAUUCAGAAUUUACUUUUAAUUCUGGGUAUUGCUUAUCCACAUUCCCCACUGCUCUUAUGUACCACUUAAAUGGGUUUGGACUUUUUAGCCGUGAUCUCAUUGUGGUAGCCGUUAUGACUCUUGCUAGUGUAUACAUAUUAUUUAUUUUGUUUAAACAUAGAAAACAAGUAAACAACAUGAGGACUUGUACCUCAAGCCAGAAUAUUGCAGCAGAGAUCCGUGCAGCUAAAACUGUAGUCUCAUUAGUUACAAUGUAUGUUCUUUUCUUUGGAGUUGAAAACACCAUUUGGCUUUACCAGAUUGCUGGAUCAACAGUUGUUCAUAGCAUUGUUACUGAUGUUCGCCAUUUCUUUUCUGUAUGCUAUACACUCUUUUUCCCUGUUGCAAUCACCACAUCUAAUAAGAAAAUACAAAAUAUCUUGAAAUGUUUCUAUGAGCAUGACAAUGGCAAGAAGAGACAUGCAUGCAUGCUUCACUGA